CUUUGUCCUACAGGUCCAAGUUAGCCUCUCACCUUCCCCCGCCCCACCCCGAUCUGUCCGUCCUUUCCGUCUUAGUCACAAAAAUUGUCCCCACCCCUCCCAUGAGCUAACGGCCCACCUCCUGUUUCCGAUUUCAGGCCGGAACCGGAAGUGUUGUGGGCCGGGCCCGGCGGCGGAAAACGCAGCAGAGCCGGGGCCGGGACUCCGCCGUGGCGGCUGCUCCUGUUCCUGUCGCGGGUCGCCGUGGCUCCAGGCUGAAGGUCGGCCCGGAGGCUGGUGGGCGCGGGUCUCCCCCGGGGCGUCCGGGUGGCAGGAUCCCCGAGCCCCCCGGGCUCCGCGAGGGAUCAUGUCUACAGCCUCCGCCGCCUCCUCCUCUUCUUCGUCUUCCGCGGGUGAGAUGAUCGAAGCCCCCACCCAGGUCCUCAACUUCGAAGAGAUCGACUACAAGGAGAUCGAGGUGGAAGAGGUAGUUGGAAGAGGGGCCUUUGGAGUUGUUUGCAAAGCUAAAUGGAGAGCAAAAGAUGUUGCUAUUAAACAAAUAGAAAGUGAAUCUGAGAGGAAAGCUUUCAUUGUAGAGCUUCGGCAGUUAUCCCGUGUGAACCAUCCUAACAUUGUAAAGCUAUAUGGAGCCUGCUUGAAUCCAGUGUGUCUUGUGAUGGAAUAUGCUGAAGGGGGCUCUUUAUAUAAUGUGCUGCAUGGUGCUGAACCAUUGCCACAUUACACUGCUGCCCACGCAAUGAGUUGGUGUUUACAGUGUUCCCAAGGAGUGGCUUAUCUUCACAGUAUGCAGCCCAAAGCUCUAAUUCACAGAGAUCUGAAACCACCAAACUUGCUGCUUGUCGCAGGAGGGACAGUUUUAAAAAUCUGUGAUUUUGGUACAGCCUGUGACAUUCAGACACACAUGACCAAUAACAAGGGGAGUGCUGCUUGGAUGGCACCUGAAGUUUUUGAAGGUAGCAAUUACAGUGAAAAAUGUGAUGUCUUCAGCUGGGGUAUCAUCCUUUGGGAAGUGAUAACACGUCGGAAACCAUUUGAUGAGAUUGGUGGCCCAGCUUUCCGUAUCAUGUGGGCUGUUCAUAAUGGUACUCGACCACCACUCAUCAAAAAUUUACCUAAGCCCAUUGAAAGUCUGAUGACUCGUUGCUGGUCUAAAGAUCCUUCUCAGCGCCCUUCAAUGGAGGAAAUUGUGAAAAUAAUGACUCACUUGAUGCGGUACUUUCCAGGAGCAGAUGAGCCAUUACACUACCCUUAUCAGUAUUCAGAUGAAGGACAGAGCAACUCUGCCACCAGUACAGGCUCGUUCAUGGACAUCGCUUCUACAAAUACCAGUAACAAAAGUGACACUAAUAUGGAGCAAGUUCCUGCCACAAAUGAUACUAUUAAACGCUUGGAAUCAAAAUUGUUGAAAAAUCAGGCAAAGCAGCAGAGUGAAUCUGGACGUUUAAGCUUGGGAGCUUCCCGUGGGAGCAGCAUAGAGAGCUUGCCCCCAACCUCCGAGGGCAAAAGAAUGAGUGCUGACAUGUCUGAAAUAGAAGCCAGGAUUGCUGCAACCACAGCCUAUUCCAAGCCUAAACGGGGUCACCGUAAAACCGCUUCAUUUGGCAACAUUCUGGAUGUCCCUGAGAUCGUCAUAUCAGGCAACGGACAGCCAAGACGUAGAUCCAUCCAAGACUUGACUGUUACUGGAACAGAACCUGGUCAGGUGAGCAGUAGGUCCUCCAGUCCUAGUAUCAGAAUGAUCACUACCUCAGGACCAACCUCAGAAAAACCAGCUCGAAGUCAUCCGUGGACCCCUGAUGAUUCCACAGAUACCAAUGGAUCAGAUAACUCUAUCCCAAUGGCUUAUCUUACACUGGAUCACCAACUACAGCCUCUUGCACCAUGCCCAAACUCCAAAGAAUCUAUGGCAGUAUUUGAACAGCAUUGUAAAAUGGCACAAGAAUAUAUGAAAGUUCAAACAGAAAUUGCAUUGUUAUUACAGAGAAAACAAGAACUAGUUGCAGAACUGGACCAGGAUGAAAAGGACCAGCAAAAUACAUCUCGUCUGGUACAGGAACAUAAAAAGCUUUUAGAUGAAAACAAAAGCCUUUCUACUUACUACCAGCAAUGCAAAAAGCAACUAGAGGUCAUCAGAAGUCAGCAACAAAAACGACAAGGCACUUCAUGAUUCUCUGGGACUGAUAAAUUUUAAAAUAUGCAGACUUUUUUUUUUUUUUUUUUUUAAAGGAAGAAACACCCUUAUAAUGACAAUUCAUGCGUGUUAGCUUUUUGGCGUGUUCUGAAUGCCAACUGCCUAUAUUUGCUGCAUUUGUUUCAUCAUUUAUUUUGCUGCAUUUGUUUCAUCAUUUAUUUUCCUUUCCUCAUCAUGGAUAUGCAAUUCAACCGUCUCCUUGUAUAACAUGGGAGCAUCUGUGACUUGAAUAAGCAGCAGUUUUCAACUUCAAAUCAGAUGCAGUGAACUAUGGCUAUAUAUGCAUGCUUAUUGUGUGAAGGCUAGCCUAACAAGAACAGGGGGUAUCAAACUCGCUGCUAUGUGCAAACAUUGCCUGUUUUUGAGGUAGAACCUCAAGUAUGAUUUUGUUCUUGUAUCUCAUCUCAAAAAACCUAAUUUUUUCCCCAAAAGAUAUAUACCAAGUAAAGACAGGGUAUUAUAAAUCUAGAAUAAUUGGUGGUACAUUAUAGAAAUGCAGAACUUGUAGGAAUAAUUCAGAGUGAGGGCUUUGAUGCCAGCAUCCUUGGAUCAGUACUGAACUUGGUUCCAUCCAUAAAAUAUUUAAAGGUAAGUGGUGGCUGCUGUAUUUAAUAAAAGCAUACUUCAUUGAUUAAAAUUUGACUAUGAUACAGUGAACAAAAUGAAAACUUUUUUUUAAGGUAUAAAGAUUUUUAAUUCUGUGAUUGUGUGUAUGUGUGUUGAAACUGUAAAGCUUUUAUGACUCUAAUAUUAAUAUCUCUUAAAUGAAAUUAAAAGGUAAAUGAACUUGA